AUGCCUCGCGCGUCAACUCCAUCUUUGCCUCCGACUUCCAUGACCAAUCGGUCUCCAGUCAGCAUGACAUUACCCAGUAUUACGCCGCCUUUGGUCAGCGUGCAUCCUCUGCCUUUGGGUCGGGCGAUGACUCCCCAUCUGUCGCCAUCAAGCUACGGCCCUGGCUCUGUCACCAUAAACAAUCCGAGCGGGACGAUGGAUGUGAAACAGUCACCCUUCGUCCUGCCUCGAGAUCAUAACGGUGCAGGAGGACGAGGAAGUCUUCCGGACCUUGCCACUGCCACCUCUUUGCCUGGCGACCCUUACGGUGCUCCUUUGCCGCCUGCAAGAUCCCCUCCUGGUCGUAGAGGUAGCCAAGACUCCACCCGCUACUCUCAUAUGCAGAAUCUGCUGGAGAGAAAAGGUGGCAUGGCAACGGGACCUCAAUCGGUAGCCUCUCAAGGUGACAGCCCCAGCACUCAAUAUUCGUCCUACAGCCAAGUCAGUCACACGCCUCCUCCUGCUCCACCUCCAUCUACCGGUCAACCGCAGUCGUUCUUCACUGCACCAUUUACCGCGCCGGGUCCGGCCUCGUCGAUGGCGCAGAUGGGAUUUGACGCGGCAUCGGGCAGCACGGCGGGCGGGAGUACAUAUCAAAUGAUGACUCUCGACACCGAACAAGGUCCCAUUCAGGUACCUGUUGACGUGCAAGCUGCGUCGAAAGUCGCUGACGAGAAACGCAAGCGCAAUGCCACGGCCUCCCACCGGUUCCGUCAACGUCGGAAGGAAAAGGAGCGCGAGAAUUCUCAAAACAUUGCGAAGCUGGAAGACCAAAUCCGACAGAUGGAGGAAGAAAGAGAACAUUAUAGGAGGGAAAGGGAUUACUUCCGUGAAGUAGCAGUUCGCCAACCGGGUCAAACACAUGUCCUGGCUCGACCGCUGUCGCCAAGGCAGAGGCGACAUUCCUCAAUCGGUGGAUCCAUGGGGUAUCCUAAUGUGCAGUUUGAAGGACCGGAGACUGGAAACCGCACCGGAGGCCGAAAUACUAGGCGAAGAACAAGUGCCUACGUCCCUCCUACUGGACCCUCUCCACAGUCUGCUGAGCCAGCACGGCCCAUGCCUCAGUACGAGCAGCGGAUGGCAAGCAAACCCACCGAGCAUAUCCAGGGAGGCGACCACGCCCGCCUCUCCCUUCAAACCGGUCCUUUCGACCCAUCUACAACACGGUGA